AGUGUGACAGAGGAUUGAAAUAAACUACCUCUAAAGUAUGAACAUUAUGGAUAGACAUGGCCAAUACAGGAGUAACACAACAUUCUAACCGAAGAAGAAUAAUAGAUGGUUCCUUAACUUAGCUUGCUUAGCCUGGAAACCUAACAUUUAAACCGUUUAAGGCCAUGCAUUCGGUUCAGGUGGAGAGGGAGCAGCACAAAGGGAAAGCUUUGCGGAGGAGAGCUGCUUUGGCUCUUAUAGGCAAGCAUCCCAGUUCCAUCGUUCAUGCAGCACAAAAAGGAAAGCUUGCAGAGGAGUGUUGUUUUGGCUCUGCCCUAUAUGCAAGCAUUUUCUAACACGCCGGAUUGUUCUUUUCAGUUUAUUCAUUGGAUUAUUACCGUGAAUUAUUUGAUGUGUAGUUCGGAAAAAAAAUUUAAAAAGAAAAUAUUUCUAUAUUGUUUAGACCCCUUAUUCUAUGCUAUUUAUUAAGUUUAUUUUUUAAAAAAUGAUUUACCCUUCAAAAAAUAAACAAUCUACGACAAUAAUAUGGUGAACGAUGCAUUUCAAAGUGUACUUAUUCCAUCCUUAAAAAAACCAACUUCUAAAGAUGAAUAUGGGCAAUCACUUGUUUAAAUUCAUUCUAAAAUUUAUUUUUUAUAAGACGGAAGAUAUACCUAAGAAAGAAUGAAAGCAGUAAAUGCAAUUGACAUCCAAAUUCCAACCUGUGACUAUUACACCGUCCAUAACGAGGAAAGAUAUCCCAUGAUGCUUGACUAUAAAUGUUUACAGCCAACAGGAAAUUAAACUGACGUCCUCAAUAUCUGUGGCGCUAUAUGGUUUAUCUUAACAAAGCCAGCAGGAAAUACCUAACAUCCAAACGUGCUGUAAUAGGAAACGGAUGAUAAAAAAGAAAUAUAUCUCUUAAUCUCCGAAUAGUUUUUUUUUUAAAAAAAUAUAUAUCUCCCAAUAGUUUAAAAGUUGAUGGUUUAUCGCAACCUGGUUCACAAUUUCGAUAUGGGAUCAAAACCUCUCACAAGCAGUUUCAUUGGAUUUUACAGAACCCGUCGAUAAACUGACAAAAACCAAUGAAAUCUAGAUAAAUCUUGUUAAAAAUUUUAAAUAAUUUUUGAACUUAACCGAAAAAUCGAGCGGUUUGUGCUUUAGACCCCGUCCGAAAAGUCCGGUUUCCACAGGAACUGUAAACCGUGAUCGCAACCGGGAGCCAAACGUGCUGUAAUAGGAAUCUGGGCCAUUCGAUUCAACAGGAGAUAGACAGAAAAUCCAAACGGCGCAGCACCUGACCUGGCUAGACGCAGCUGGCAGAUCGUAUCUCGUCGACCUCCAUCCAAACGGCCUCUCCAUAUAAUCCCGCACACACCACCACGUGUGUCCUCUCGUAGCAAAACCCUGAGACGACGAGGGACUAGCUAGAAGAGAUCGAUCAUGGCGUCGGCCGCCGCCAACAACAGUAGCUCGGCCGCCUACGAUGCGGCGGAGACAGGCGGCCUCCUCCGCCGCCGCAACACCACCGCCGCCGCCCGCGGCAAUGCGGGGGAGGAGGAGGAGGAGGCGGAGGCGGUGGCGCCGUCCGUGGAGCAGGCGUUCGCGGACAAGCCCGUGCCGUCGUGGAGGGAGCAGCUGACGGUGCGCGCCUUCGUGGUCGGGUUCCUCCUCUCCAUCAUGUUCAACAUCAUCGUCAUGAAGCUGUCCCUCACCACCGGCGUCAUCCCCUCGCUCAACGUCUCCGCCAGCCUCCUCGGCUUCUUCCUCGUCCGCCUCUGGACGGCGGCCAUCGAGAGGGUGGGCUUCCUCAAGCAGCCCUUCACCCGCCAGGAGAACACCGUCAUCCAGACCUGCGUCGUCUCCGCCUACGGCGUCGCCUUCAGCGGUGGGUUUGGCAGUUACUUGUUUGGUAUGAGCGAGACCAUAGCUAAGCAAGCAACAGAGGCUAAUGAUCCGAUGAAUAUCAAGAAUCCUCACCUUGGAUGGAUCAUCGGGUUCAUGUUCCUCGUCAGUUUUGUUGGGCUAUUUGCACUGGUGCCCAUGCGAAAGGUAUCUAUUUCACUUCCUUUCUCUACUCCCAUUGUUAACACACAGCAUGUGAUGAUUGUGGACUAUAAACUGACCUACCCAAGUGGCACUGCAACUGCUUACCUUAUUAACGGAUUCCACACACCUGAGGGUGCUGAUCUUGCAAAGAAACAAGUCCGGACAUUAGGCAAGUACUUUUCGAUUAGCUUCCUCUGGGCUUUCUUCCAGUGGUUCUACACUGCUGGGGACAACUGCGGGUUUAGCUCCUUCCCGACAUUUGGCCUUGAGGCUUUUAAGAACAGGUUCUAUUUUGAUUUCUCACCUACCUAUGUUGGUGUUGGAAUGAUCUGCCCCUAUAUCGUGAAUGUGUCUCUUCUCAUUGGUGGCAUCAUCUCAUGGGGCAUAAUGUGGCCACUCAUAAGCAAGAAGAAAGGAAGUUGGUACCCCGAGACACUUCCAGAAAGUAGUCUACUUGGACUGCAGGCUUACAAGGUGUUCAUAACCAUAGCAGUAAUUCUUGGGGAUGGCCUUUACAACUUUGUGAAGGUCUUCGGCUACACAAUCAAAGGCUUCAUAGUUAUGUAUAAGAACAAAAACUCAAACACGCUUCCUAUCUCCGACAAUGGCACUCCUGCCAACGCCACUGAAGAGGAGUCAUUUGAUGACAAGCGUCGCAAUGAACUAUUCCUGAAGGAUCAAAUUCCCAAGACAGUUGCGAUUGGGGGCUAUGUUGUUCUUGCAGUUAUAACGAGUGGUUGCCUCCCUCUCAUUAUCCCACAGCUCAAGUGGUACUAUAUAUUGAUUGCAUAUAUAUUUGCACCUAUAAUGGCCUUCUGCAAUGCCUAUGGAAGUGGCCUGACAGAUUGGUCCCUCGCCACCACCUACGGUAAGCUUGCAAUAUUUGUGUUUGGUGCGUGGGCAGGCGCUUCGCAUGGUGGUGUGCUUGUAGGACUGGCUGCCUGUGGUGUCAUGAUGAACAUUGUGGGAACAGCUUCUGAUCUUAUGCAAGACUUCAAGACUGGAUAUAUGACUUUAGCCUCGCCAAGAUCCAUGUUUGUCAGCCAGGUGAUAGGUACUGCCAUGGGGUGUGUUAUUGCACCCUGCGUCUUCUGGCUGUUCUACAAAUCCUUUAAUAUCGGUGCAAGUGAUGGUGCUUACCCAGCACCUUACACCAUUAUGUACCGUAACAUGGCGAUUCUGGGUGUCAAUGGAUUAUCCUCAUUGCCAAAGUACUGCCUUACACUAUGCUACAUAGCCUUUGUUGCUGCCUUCAUCAUCAAUCUGAUAAAAGACCUGGUACCAGAGAGAGUGGCAAAGUACAUCCCGAUCCCCAUGGCAGCAGCAAUUCCUUUCUAUCUUGGACCAUACUUCGCCAUUGAUAUGUUCAUGGGCAGCGUAAUUCUCUAUUUCUGGGAAUGGAGGAACAAAGAUGAAGCGCAGUCGUUCGGUCCAGCAGUUGCGUCGGGCUUGAUGUGCGGUGAUGGGCUAUGGGCCCUACCUCAGGCUGUUCUUUCUCUUGUCAACGUGAAUCCUCCGCUUUGCAUGAAGUUCUUAUCAAGGGCUGCCAAUGCCAAAGUGGAUACAUUCCUCGGUAACUAAUGAGUAGUCAUAGCUGGUCUAAAAGUGUAGAAUUCUCUCUUUGAAGUUUAUAAGUGGCUGUGUAAAGAUUUAGGAAUCAUUUGGAACAUUUCUCUAUUUAUUAUUACUACUAUAUGAUUUAUGGGUAGUCAAGCACAUGA